UCCCAUCACUUAUUCACUUACUUUAUUGUUUCUUCCCUUGCCAACUUCCAUCACAUUCUUCAAUAUUUCUCUCUUCCUUAAUUUCUUUCUUCUCUUCCACUUUGAAAUCCACAAAAAUGGCUAUCAUGAGGAAACCGGCGAAGCUCGCCCAAACCGCCGUCCUCAAACAAAUCCUCAAAAGGUGUUCGAGCCUCGGCAAGAAAAACGGCUACGACGACGUGCCUAAGGGUCACUUCCCGGUUUACGUCGGCGAAAACCGCAGCAGAUACGUUGUCCCCAUCUCGUUCCUGACGCACCCUGAGUUUCAGUGCCUCCUCCGACGCGCCGAGGAAGAGUUCGGCUUCGAUCACGACAUGGGAAUCACCAUUCCUUGCGAAGAAGUUGCUUUUCGCUCCUUGACCGAAAUGCUCAGGUAGAAACUCCGUCGCGCUUGCGAGCUGAGACGAUCGAUCCACUCAGAUCAAUUUAUACACAUGUUAAUAUAUCCGCCGGCGGGGCGGCCGGCCGAUCCAUCGAUCUAGGUUUGGUUUUGCGUGGAGAAAGAUGGCGUAAGAUGAAGCAUUGUUAGCUUCUCUUUUUUUAAACGUCUUUCUUCACCUAGGCUAGUUACUAGUACUCCGAUCGGUAUUUUUUUUUUUUUUUUUUUUUGGGAACUUGUUUCGGGUAAAAUGCCCUCUAACCCGACCCAUAAGAAUUGUUUGUACGGGUUAGAAUUGAAUCAAGUUUGUGUUUUUCCUCA